GAAGUUUCAUCAAGUAGUUCAAAAGAGUUUUACAGAGUUGAAAGCAAUGGCCAACUAUAGACUUUCACCAAAGUAUGAACUUCCCAAUGUGGGUGGGAGCUGGGUAAAGAGAGUAGAGUUGGACCAGCACCUCCAGCACCUGUAUUGUUGCUCAGACACAGAUCUCCAUGCUUAUGACCUGCAGGGAAACCUGCUGUUCCAGUUCAACAAUGCUCAUUCCAUGUCCAUAACAGGGUGUGCAUUUUCCCUGCACUCUCGGCUGCUCAUCACUUGCUCAAUGGAUACAGAGGUGAAAGUAUGGAGCAUUACUGGUGGCCUGGUGCACACAUUCAGAGGUCACUCCAAAGCGGUCACCAACCUGGUGCUCCACCCAGAGACGUCCUCCAUUGUCAUUACGUCCUCACUGGACGGCAGUGUCCGGCAGUGGUCACUGGACACCAUGGACAUGUUGUACAGUGUCGUGAUCUCCUCAGAUGGAGUGCUGUGGAUGGGUGUUACGGAGGAUAAAAGCCUGUAUGCCAGCACAGUAAGGAACAUCACAGUGUGGAAUCUCAACUAUGUGUGUCAGUUCUGGGGUCUGACCAGAAGUAAGCUGAUGUCUCUGCAGCUUUACCCCAGUGAGAAGAAAUCUGCAAGGGUGGUCGCUGAAGGAGACGACAGCAGCAUCCGUAUCUUCAACCGAGCCAGUAGAAAGAAUCUGUCCAUAGUGUUGCCACCGCCACCAAUCUCUCCUCUACAACAUAUCAAACACAUGACCUAUUGUAGGGAGAUUAAUGUCAUGUAUGUCCUCAUCAAUGCAAAGGAACUGUGGCUGUAUACAACAAGAACUGACCCUGCCUGCAGGAUGGCUGUGUGGGAUGUCCAUGACAUACAGGAGUCUCUGCUGUUGGGAAAUGAACCUGAGGAGGAGGGGGAUGAAGAGGAAGAGGCAGAAAAGGAGAAGACAAAAGGAGAGAAGAAGAAAAAAGGAAAGGGAGGAAAAGAAGAGAAGGAGGAAGUUGAAAAGAAAGCUCAAGAGGCUGCUACUGCAAAGAAAUUGCGUAAAAAUCUCACCAAGAAUGUCCCCAACCACCGCGCCACAGAGCAUGGCGUGGGGACAGAAACCAUCACAGAUGUGAACUGUGUCUGUGCCCUUGACUCCAUAGCCAUCAUGUGGUCCGAGGAUGGGAUGGUCUGUCCUCUCACACAGCAGUAUCUACUGAUGGGACUGGAGGAUGGAAGAAUUCUCUUCAUGGAUCCCAUGGUGAAAGCCAAGAAAUAUUUCCAGUUUAGGGCAAAUAAAGAUCCAAUUGUAGAUAUCAAGCAGAACCUUGCUCACAACACCUUCCUGACCCGGUGCUCCCAGAAAGGUGCUGAUACAAUCCAGAUCUGGUCCCUGCCAGACCUGGUGCUACAGUAUGAGGUCUUCUGUGCCCCUCAAAUUACAACAUAUGCCAGACUGACCCACACCCUGCUGUGUGGCUACAGUGAUGGAGUGCUGGAGUUUAAUGAGUUAGUGCCCAUGGAGGACCCGGGACCCCUCCGAGCCAGUGGCUACCUUGCGAAGGGUACAAAAGGAGUGAUUGCCAAGCCUGAGGACCUUGUGGCUGAUAUGACACACAAAAGAUGUAACACAGAACACAAGGAGGCCAUUGUGGCUAUAGAUGCUUGUACAGCUAAGUCUCUCUUCUGCAGCAUAAGCUCUGAUGGAGCCAUUAAACUGUGGGAAGAACUUGGGUAUGCGUUGCUAAUGGAGAUCAUGUUGAAUGAUACCUUAUGUGGGGGGUGCUUUUUGAACAACAAGGGGGACCUGCUGCUGGGAUUUCAGAACCAUUUGUUCAGCAUUGAGCUAAGCACAGUGUAUCCUGGUUUAAGAUCUGGGGAGGAUGAGGAUGAAGACAAGGAUGAUGCAGACUCUGAUAUCUUUGAGGAUCCAUAUGUGGUGUAUGAAGGCAUACCUAGCAAUGAGGACCUGUUAACUAUGGACAGAUAUCUGGUACCUUUCAAGAUGAACUUCUCCAGGGAUUUCUUGGAGGGCAAUAUGAAGCAAUCAAAUGCCAAACUGGAAGGGGGACCUUUACUGAGUGACAGUGAGACAGAUAUUUCCAUGGCUCCCACUGACACCUACCUGUCCCCCCACGACACCCCGCGGAACCUGUCUCUGCUGGACCUGACCCUGGCUGCAGAUGUAAGCAAAUAUGACCUGCUGGAGAGAGAUCUGACAGAAGCUGGGCUCCUCAGGGCCAUUCAAGACAGCCAGAGUAUAAAAUCUAGAGUCAUGACAAAGAAAGACAAACUUAGACUUAAGAUGUUGGAGAAAAGAGCAAAAAGUUUAGAGAAACCAUCACUGGGGCCAGACUCAGAUGGAGAGGCCCUGGAAGAGGAUACUGUGAAAACUAUCAGAAAAUCAAAGAAGAAUGUCUCAAGAAGAAAGACUCGUCGCCGAGGUAUCACUGGCAUGACAAGUGAAGAGGAGGAUUGGGAGGGCCACAGAUAUGACCUACCACACUUUGGACAGUCUCCAGGACCCACCCCCACCCCCAGCCCCCCCUCCACCCCCAACACACCAAGUCAGAUGUCAGUCUCAGAGGGAGGAGAGAGCACAGAGGAGGAGGUCGAGGUAGAGGAGAAACCUAAGGCAGUAGCAGCCCAGCCAGUGACCAAGAAGACCACAGCCAAGGCCCCAGUCCAGGACAUCAUGAAGCAGAAGAUAGUGGAGCCAGUGACAGAGAAAAGGGUGGACAUGUCCAAGGUCAAAAUUGACACUAAGUCCUUAUUUGCCAAUAAACGGGUCGUGAUGACCCAGAAAAAAGAAGCUGACCAUGGCCAUCAGAAAUCUGGAGGAUCUGUGCUGGAGUCUGAGCUAUCCAAACCAAAACGAGAAGUGGUUAAGAAGCAGAUGAAGUCAGACAGGAAGAAGCCAGUGAAGAAGUCUGUUGUAGACUCAGAUGACAGCAGUGAGGAGGAGGAGCCCCCUCCUAGGAGACCACCUGUUAAAAAGAAAGCAGCAGCAAAACCAGUCAAGAAAGUAGCUCAGCCAAAAGUGGAAGAAUCUCCAAGAGAGCCAGAGCCUGCCAAACCAGAGAAGUCUCGGGAGUUUGAGAAACACUCUGCUAAUCUGGAAGUUGGCCCAAGGAAAUUUGGUGCAGGAGCUGGAGCCGGCGCCAGUUCCUCUGGCAAAGCACCACCUCUCCCACAGAAGAAGAAAACCCCUAUACAAUAUAAUCAAGUUGCCAAGUCAGAGUCUGGCAUUGGGGAAGAGGAGCUGACUGAAGCAGCAGUUUUAGCUGAGGAUACAAGUGCUCAACAAAAUUCUGAGGCUGGUCAGAAUGAAGCUCAAAGUCAAGUGGAUGAAGCAGAUGAUCCUGACAGGGCUAUGUCAGCUAAAUCCAGCAGGUCAAGGAAGUCUGGUUCCUCCUCAGCAAAAAGCCUAAAAUUUGGAAUUGACGCAAGCUUGGAUUUUGAUACAGAUGCGACAAGUGAACAGUACAAUGAGAGUGCAGCAGACAUGGAGGCACUGGAACGCUCCACUCUCACCUCCCCAGACCCCAGCCGGCGAUCUAUCACCCCUGGAGACGGAUUUUACUCAGACACAGACUCCAUCCGUGAUGGUCAGAUGAGCAUGGACACCAUGUCCAUCCUUGAUCGAGGGUCAUUGUUGCCAGUGGACAGUGUCAGUAUGAGGUCCUUUCUGCUCAGUCCAGGAGACAGACUACAGGCUGGAGCAGACGACAUGAGGUCCUCCAUUAUGACACCUGCCACUCCAACAGGUAGGAUUCCAACUUGCCUAGAUCUUAGAUACACUGACAUUACGCGUCCACUGAGGCCUCACACAGCAGGAGUAUACUACAGGGACUACAGUGAACAUGGAGAUGAUGUGCAGGAUCUUGAAGCCACCUACAUGGAUGCAUUAAGGAGAUAUCAAAAUUCACCUGGUGUUGCGCCUCUAGAUAAACUGUACAGAAAUGAUGGCACCUCCUUUGAUGAUCACUGGCAGGAGAGAGCCAUAGAGAGACACUUGCUGCUGAAGAUGCAGAGACAGCUGAGAAGUCAGAGUGCUGCAGAGAGAAGACAGCUGCUGGACCUGAGGCAGAAACAAAAGAGGAAAGCACUUUUAGGCCACCAUAAUUGUGAUCAGCCACAUUUGAAUGGUCAAAAUCGUGCGUCCAGAGCGGCUGAGGUUGCCAUGCAUCUGUUCCACGUGGAACGUGCCAACACCCCCGUGUCUACCACCAGGGGGAAUGACCGCAGUAAAAGUGCUCCUGCUGGUCAGGUGCGAGGUGGUGGUCAGCAGGUGCCCCCUACCACCCCCAAGACGGCCUUUGUCCAGCCAGUGCCACAAAUGGACAAGGCAGAACUAAGUGCUGAGAGACCUUUCAGGAUACGGAUCAGCAGUGAAGCCCCCCAGUUGCCAGUCCAGACCACAAGAACUAAGGAAGUGCAGUUUGAUGCUAGGGCCAAGAGUGCCCACCACGGGCCAGAGCGAGGCCAGCGGCAGGGGUCUGCCAUCUUUGUCCGACCCCAGUCCACCACGCGGUCAAUACCCAGCAAGUGCAGUCGCUAUAUUCUCAUCAACCAUCCCAAGCGCAGGUCGCCAUAUACCACUCCCACCCCACUGGAGGAACAGCUUCUGAAGCAGAGGUUUCCCGAGCAGUCAAAGAGGAUCCUGCCCAAACCAGCCAGGGACAGGGACAGAGUGUCACGUGCUCACCUGGCGGAGUACACCUCCCUGCCUUUACACUUCUAACAAGGAGAUGAGAUUGUUGCUCUGUUGGUGAAAUAGCAGACUUCCUGUGCAAUGUAACACAAAACCGACAAAGCCACACAGUGGCUCUGAAAUUAGAUGAUUGAGUGACAUGAAAGUUUUUUUUUGUAAGACCAAAUAUAGCAAACAAAGCGCCAGUAGUUGACCUUAUCAAGCAUAGUGUAGUAAGGAAAAUUGGCAGCUAAACUUGAAUUAUUCAGGAACAGCUUCCAUUAUCAUACUUUGCCCAAAAUGUCUGAAUGGCAUAUUUUGCUCAAGCCAUCAAGUUUGUAGCAAAUGAAUGAAACUAGAAUACACAAAAGGUUCAGAAUAGUUGGAGGGUUGGAGUAAAGUGUGGGAAAUACUUUAGACCAAGUGCCAUAUGCCUGAGAACCCAUCAUACAUAGUUUUUAUGUGUCAGCAUUUUUAUUGUAGACUCUGAGCUGUAAGUAUGUAAACUUUUAUAAAUAUUUAAAAAAAGAUUUGUGAUAGCAAAGAAUGUUAUGUGACAAAGCGUACAGUUAGUUGUGUUGUUAAGAUGCUAUGUUGCGUUUGUUUUUGUAUACUGUGUGUGUAAACAGUAUAGUAUAUUGAGAGAUCUGUGAUGUUAUAGUUCUUCAUUGAAAGAAUGUGCAAAACUGUGAUCAAGUUAUUUUUAGUUAACAACAUUUUGUUUUACAGUCAAUGUUAUAAUAUGAGUAAUGGAUAUUUGAAUGUAAACUCAAAGUUAAUAUUUUUGCUUGUGAUGUAUAAAUAUUAUUGUCAUUAUCCAAAUAUAUACAACGUUUGUCUCUAUAAAAUGUUUUUGUUAUGUAAAACAUCUAGCAAAGGACAUAACAGUAACAUCAACAUUAUGUCAACUGUAAACAUGACGUCGCUGCUGAUAAUUAUCUACAAUCUAUUAGACAUAAUAAUGCUUAAG